GUUCUUAGCUUCAAAGAAUUUACAGACGAGGAGAAAGAUUGUGGAAUCUAGAACAAUUCACACCGAUUUUUCAGAAAAACGGUGAGAGAUGCAGAGAUUGAAAGCACUGGAAGCAUUGAGAAGAUCUUCAUUUCAAAGUUCAUUUUCUAACCUGAAGAGAAGCUUCUCUGCUCUGCCAAACUAUGCUCAAACCGAUGAUCUUUCCGACCAGGUUAUGGUGGAAGGAAAACCGAAUUCAAGAGCAGCUAUCCUCAAUAGACCAUCAGCUCUCAAUGCUCUCACUACUUCUAUGGUAGCCCGGCUGAACAGGCUUUAUGAGUCGUGGGAGGAAAAUUCUAGUAUCGGAUUCGUUUUAAUGAAGGGUAGCGGCAGGGCCUUUUGCUCCGGUGCAGAUGUUGUCGCGCUUUAUAAUUUAUCAAAUGAAGGGAAUAUUGAAGACUGCAAGAAGUUUUUUGAGACAUUAUACAAAUUUGUAUAUCUUCAAGGAACUUACUUGAAGCCACAUGUGGCGCUGUUGGAUGGCAUCAUGAUGGGAGCUGGGGCAGGGAUUGUCCUUCCAGGAUUGUUCAGAUUGGUGACUAAUAAAACUGUUUUUUCUCAUCCUGAGGUUCAAAUGGGUUUCCAUCCUGACGCCGGAGCUUCCUUCUACCUUUCUCGUCUUCCUGGCUACUUAGGUGAGUAUUUAGCUCUAACUGGUGAUAAACUCAAUGGGGUGGAGAUGAUUGCCUGUGGCCUUGCUACACACUAUUCGCUCACUGCAAGAAUUGCUGGGAUUGAUGAACGCCUUGGUAAAAUGAUAACUGAUGACCCUUCUGUCAUAGAAUCAACUCUUGCUGCAUAUGGUGAUCUUGUUUAUCCUGAUAGGAGGAGUGUUCUUUACAAGCUCGAUGCAAUUGACAAGUGUUUUUGCCAUGACACUGUCGAGGAAAUUUUGGAAGCCUUGGAAAAAGAGGCCGCAGAGUCUUAUGAUGAAUGGUAUUCUACCACACUGAAGUUACUUGGAGAAGCUUCGCCAUUGAGCCUGAAAGUUACAUUAAGAUCUAUCCGUGAAGGUAGGUUUCAAAGUCUCGACCAAUGUCUUGCUCGUGAAUACAGGAUAUCCCUCAAUGGAAUUUUAAAGCACGCAUCUCCCGACUUCCACGAGGGUGUUCGAUCGCGGCUGGUGGAUAAAGACUUCGCUCCCAAGUGGAAUCCUCCGAGACUAGAGGAUGUGAGUAAAGAGAUGGUGGAUAGCUAUUUUUCACGGGCAGGUGAAUUGCCUGAACUAGAGCUGCCCACAGCAUUACGGGAACCGUUCGUUUGAGGUUUGUUAAGAGAGACAUCCAAAUUCAGUCUCGUGGGUAAUCUAAUCUUUUUUUCCCCACUACUUCUGUACCAAAUUAUUAUUAUUUUAGCCACUCAAUUCUCUCAUUUAGAUGAGGAAUUUCACCUUUAAUAACCAUUUUGGCAGCCUGUUUCUCCCCUCUCAUCUAGUGUAUUAGGUCUUUCUUUUUCUUGUUUAAUCACCCAAAUCAAAUGGAUUUUUUUUUUUUUUACCAAUUUUUGGUAAUCUGUAGUUCGUUUAUGUUUUUUUGUGUAAAAUUGAUUUUGAAAGGCAUGGAUUCGACAUUAAUAAUUAAAUCUGUAAUGUUACAAUUGUUUUUAGUUUUGAAGCAUGGAUAAUUUCAGUGGACCGACAUUCAAGGCUUUUGUGAA